AUGAUCGAUUUAGUUUUACUGCAGGAAGCCAAAGGCGGAAAUCCAGAGCAAGUCCGCGAAUCGCAGAGGAAACGCUACGACAGUGUGGAGCUGGUGGAUGAGGUUUUAGGGCUAUAUGCAACGUGGAACGCGCUCAAUUUCGAGUCGCAGCAGCUCAACCAGCAGAUAAACAGUACUCAGAAAGCCAUAACGGCCAAGAAGAAGGUCAAGGAGAGUGCAGACGAUGAGCUAGCCCUGAAGAAAGAGCUAGAUGGGCGUGUACCCACAUUGAAGCAGCAGACAGCGGCAGCCGAGCAGCAUAUGAAAAGCAAAGCUGUACAGAUUGGCAAUAUAGUUGGUCCAGCUGUGCCCAUCCACGACGACGAAGAGCACAACGUUGUCGUUCGCACAUGGCACCCACACGGUCCCAAUGCUGCGGUGGAGAAGAAAGCAGGUGCACUACCUCACCACGAAGUACUCAUGCGUCUUGACGGAUUCGAUCUCGAACGCGGUCAGAAAAUAGCUGGUCACCGCGGGUACUUCCUUCAGGACACAGCUGUUGAUCUCAACCUUGCACUCAUUUCUUAUGGCCUCGAUUUCCUUCGCAAGCGCCAGUACCGCAAGGUUAUGACGCCUUUCAUGAUGCGCAAGGACAUGAUGAGCAGGACAGCCCAGCUCGAGCAGUUCGAUGAGGAGUUGUACAAGAUCGACGAUGGCGGAGAGGAUGACAAGUAUCUCAUCGCCACUUCCGAGCAGCCGAUCAGCGCUAUGUUUGCAAACGAGUGGUUCGAGUCACCAAAAGAGCAGCUGCCAAUUAGACUCGCUGGAUACUCCACUUGCUUCCGCAAAGAGGCGGGAAAACAUGGCAAGGAUACCUGGGGGAUUUUCCGCGUUCACCAGUUCGAGAAGAUAGAGCAGUUCUGCGUUACCUCCCCUGAAACAUCUUGGGACGUGUUCAACGAGAUGGUCGAGAAUAGUGAGGAGUUCUACCAGUCCUUAGGCAUUCCUUACAGACUCGUAAACAUUGUCUCUGGAGCCCUCAACAACGCCGCCGCUCAGAAAUAUGACCUCGAGGCGUGGUUUCCGUAUCUCGGCGAAUGGAAGGAACUUGUCAGCACUUCCAACUGCACUGACUACCAGUCGAGGAGCUUGGAAGUGAGACACGGGAUCAAGAAACAGGGCGAGACCAACAAAACUUACGUACACAUGCUUAACGGGACCAUGUGCGCGACUGAGAGAGCCAUGUGCUGUCUUGUGGAGAAUUGGCAAACUGAAGAUGGCCUUGUUGUCCCUCCUGCCCUGCGCAGGUACAUGGAUGACAGGGAAUUCAUCCCAUUCUGCAAAGAUGUCCCUAAAGCCAAGGUGAACAAGUCUAAAAAGUAA